AUGGUCACAGUAAGAACCAUUCUAGCCUUAGCUGUGUCCAAGAGUUGGCAUAUACAUCAAAUGGAUGUAUAUAAUGCAUUUCUAAAUGGUGAUUUAGAAGAUGAGAUAUAUAUGUCUCUGCCACAAGGGUUUUCCAAUCAGGGGGAGAAUAUGAAUAAGGUAUGCAGAUUGGAAAAAUCAUUGUAUGGGCUUAAACAAGCACCAAGACAAUGGAAUCAUAAGUUUGCAGAAAGCCUCCAGAAGCUGCAUUUCAAACAAAGUCAGUAUGAUCACUACUUGUUUACAAGGAGGACAACUGAAGGGACUACAAUUAUCUUGGUUUAUGUUGAUGAUAUUUUAAUAACAGGAAGUAGUUUAAAGCUGGUGGAGGAAACAAAAAAGUCCUUACAACAAAGUUUUAAAAUGAAAGAUCUAGGAGAGUUGAAAUACUUUCUUGGGAUAGAGUUUGUAAGGUCAAACAGUGGAGUUGUCAUGCAUCAAAGGAAGUAUGCACUUCAACUUAUUUCUGAAGUUGGUUUAUCAGGAGCAAAGACUACAGGAACACCUAUGGAUGUAAAUGUAAAGUUGACAUCAAAGCAAUAUGAUGAUCAAACUGGACAGAAUCAGAAUGAGCCUCUAGCAGAUCAAAGUGCCUAUCAAAAACUGAUUGGGAAGCUGCUAUAUUUAAAUAUGACCAGACCAGACAUCUCUUUUAGUGUUCAAACUUUAAGUCAGUUCCUACAUCAACCAAAGAAGUCACAUAUGGAUGCAGCACUUAGAGUUGUCAAAUACAUUAAAAGACAGCCAGGUCAAGGUAUACUUCUAUCUAGCAAGUGUAGUAAUGAAAUUAUAGCUUAUUGUGAUGCAGAUUGGGCAGCAUGUCCUCUUACAAGGAAAUCUGUGACUGGAUAUGUGAUUAAACUUGGAGAGUCUGUGGUGUCUUGGAAAGCUAAGAAGCAAACGUUGUGUCAAGAAGCUCAGCUGAAGCUGAGUAUAGGAGUUUAG